GCACUGUACGAGAUGAGAGUUCCUCUCCUUUUUCCCAUAUGAUUUAGAAGCAUGGGAGCUGCGGGACCAAAAUAACAAUGAUCCAACUAGUCAGGACUGUGUUUCCUGCUGGUGCUGGAAAAUAUCAACUUUGCCAUUCUGUCCUGUUUUCAUACAAGAACAAGCAAAUGCUUUCUUUAUUCCAAAAUCCAGUAUUUGGCAGCGAUUAUUGCUGUAUACAACGGAGGAGGCCAAAGAAAAUGUUAACAUCUUGUGAACUGUGUGAUACCAUUGUCUCACUGAGAAGUACCUUAUUGGCCACGGGUAGCAGAUUGGCCCUCAAGGACCAUAUGUUGAUGGGUUGGGGUUUUUUUUAAUUAUUAUUUUUUUGCUGUUGUUUGUUUUGAACAUUAUUUCACUUGUCUUCAUUCAUAAGAUCAUUAUAGUUGUUCAUUAAAGUCUUACUAAGCUGUUUGCAGUGACAUCCUGCAACACCUAAUUGCACAGUGUAAUUGCAUGGUUAUGAGGUGUUAUUUUAUUACCUCACGAAUGGCGGCUUUGUUCUUGCACUCUGGUAGCCAGCAGUUCAUUGACAGUGCCUAGCAUCUGCAUCUUAUUGCUUCCAGCUCACAAGGACUUGAGUUCAUCUGUAUUCUGCAUCAUAGAAUGGCCAGGGUUGAAAAGGACCAUAACGAUCAUGUAGUUUCAACCCCCCUGCUAUGUGCAGGGUCACCAACCACCAGACCAGGCUGCCCAGAGCACUUGUGAGUCUCUGAGCUUUCUGCAAAGCGUAGAGCAAUCCCUUGCAGUUGCUAGAAUGGCAAAGCUGAGGCAAAAGAGCUACCUGAAGAAUGCCCUAUAGAAGAGGAGAAGGGAAUGACAUGAGGAGGAGCUGCCUACAGUCUGCUGCCAUGGUGCGCAGCAGCAUCUGACAGAGGGCUCUGUCUCCUGUGCGCCCCUAAAGUAAGGAAUUCGAGGGGAGGGUUUUGGUUGGAAAUCCUUCCCCAGUUUUAGAAGUUGCUUUUUCAUUGUCUCAGACAAUUUUAUCUGUUUCCCAUCCUUGAGGAGCACAUCUGCAGAAUGAACUAAACAACACUUACUGCACCCACUCCAACCUGGAUAGGCUUUUCCUGGAGAACUUUUCAUUCCUUUUGUCAGUGGGUGUGUGAAGAACUGUGACAGCUACAGAUGGCAAGUGCUGCCCUCACCUUGUCUUUCUGUCAACCUGCCUCAGUGAGCAUGCCUGAAAUCUGUCCUAUAGUAUGAAUGCAGUUUGUGGAAUCUUGAUAUAUAUAUAUAUAUAUAUGUAUAUGUAUAUAUAUAUAUAUUUCUUUUGCUGCUUUUAGCAAUCAUUUCUGACAGGUGUGUAGAGGACUGAGUGGUGGAUCUCUUCAUCCUCUUCAGCUGAAGCUGUGCAGUAUCAGAAAAGCUCACGGUAACUUCCUCAUGCCGGUUGGUUGUAUUGCAAAGGUGGUUCCUGGCUCUUACUCACCAAGCAGAAAUGAACCUGACAGUGCUUCACCUGACGGCGAUGAUUCACACACUCACAGAAUGGCCCAGGUUGGAAGGGACCUCAAGGAUUGUGAAUCUCCAACCCCCCUGCCACAGGCAGGGCCGCCAACCUCCAUAUCUAAUAGUAGACCAGGCUGCCCAGGGCCCCAUCCAACCUGGCCUUGAACACCUCCAGGGACGGGGCAUCCACAGCCUCUCUGUGCAGCCUGUGCCAGCACCUCACCACUCUCUUGGUAAAGAACUUCCCCAGAUAUCCAACCUAAAUCUUCCCUCCUUCAACUUAAAUUUCCCUUGUCCUGCUCUGGGCCAGCUUGCAGCAUCCAGAGCCCAGCCUUCGCUUCCGCUCUUAGGGGGCUUUCUGCAUCUGUCUGCACUGAGCCUCCUCCUUAACCUGCUUCUCCUGCAAACUGGCUGCAGUGUGAAGCUGUGGAAAAUGUGCUGACUUGGGAGACCUUGCCCCUAACCGGUUUGGCCUCCCUGCUCAGGGCCAGCUGGCAGGUGUGUGCCUUCCCGACCAGCCCCAGUUGAAAGGUUCUGUUUGCUCAGCGCUGGGGGACCUCUGCGCGAGCCAAAUAUUUGGCUUUCCACCUGAUAACCUAUCAGCUAUUUCCUCCUGAAAACGUUGCAGCGACCGAAUGCUCUUUCAUGCCCGAACCUGGUUGGCGUUUCAGCAGAAGUUUCGUAGCAUCCUGGUUUUCGGCUUGGCAGAUGUGAUGCUGCCAGCAAGGCGGCCUCGUGAUGGAGGCGCAGGCGUCACCGCUCCUAGGCUCUGCUCAUGAUAGACGUGUGUGUACUAUUUGCACUGCGUUGGGUGAAUCGGUUGCCAGCUCUGUGUCUGAAGUUUUUCCAUCUGUAAAAAUGUUUUUAUUAAAAGCAAAAAAAAAAAAAAAAAAAAAAGUAAAACGCUCACGUUGAAGGGAAGUAAGAAUGAGCCACAGUAACUAGGACUCGUGGCAGUUCCAAAGGAAACUUAAAUGUAAUGUGAAUUUACUGCUAACUUGCAAAGACAAUGGGCUUGUGGGACAAAUGCAGGUUUUGGGGUUAGGUUGACCAGGCGCAGUGACUUGAAGCAGGGAUCUCCAUAACGUAGGAGACCUUUUUCACGUGGGUUGUUUCGGUUUUGGAGACCGGCUGGAGAGACAGGGAAAUAAGUAGAAAGAGCUAGUUGUCUUCUAGCUGAAAGUCAGGGUUGUUACAGUACAUAUUCAGUCCCAACAGUUAGAGGAUCCUAUCCUGUUUUCCUCUUCCUGUCCUGUCAGAAAUGCUUUCACCACAGGCUAGCAGCUGUCUUUGCAGCCUCGUGAACGAGCUUGUAUAAAUAAGCCACUGUCUGGGACACAAGGAGUUGUUGACACCUGUGGGCAUCAGCCACUGCUAUCCUCCACAUUUAUAGGUCUUAAGCUCAGGCUGGGCUGAGCCAAGAAGGGCCAUCUUACACGGCCCUUUGCCUCUGUGGCCUGGAAGCUGGAGCCUCGCAACUCAUUCGAGCUGUCCUUCGGGUUUGCUCCCAGGAUAGGUGCCCCUGAAGAACAGCAAAGGAGAAGCUGGCAUGCUGCAGGGUGGGGAGCGAUAACCAGACACCUGGGUGCAGGAGCUGGUGAUGUGCAGCACCAACUGGCAUGGCGAGGGAGCUGCAGCAGUGAUGUUGAAUGGCAUCCUCGCUGAUGGUGAUGUGUUGCUUCACCCCAAGGUGUCACGUGCUUAUUAGGCAGGAAUAAGCCUCUCUGAUCAAGGUGGAGAUCUGCAAUGAGAGACCUGCGGUCUUUCAGGCUGCGUCACUUCAAAUGAGGGUGGCCAUGUUUCUCUCUCUGCUCUUGCGAGCAUCUGCCUGUGGGACUUGCGGAGCCAAGGAGCCUCUUGAGUGUUCUCGGAGCUCUGACAGUUCUCAGGCCUUGGUGCAGCAAGGUUCCAGAGGGGAUUGGAAGCUGGGAGUUUUCUCCAAUUAAAAAGCAUUAACGCUAUCAAAAUAACUGGCUAAGCAUUAUAAUGUUUUCAGCAAAGAGAUGAGGAGCCAGGCAGUUUUUUCAUUCUGAUGAGUCACUGACUCUCUUCUGAGCUGUCCCCUCUAAGUGUUGUUCAGACAGCUGCUGAUGCAGCAAUACCAUGCUUAGGGAUGGCCCCUGGGGAGCAGGAAGGGCAUGGACUUACUCACCUCCCAGCUGGUGGGUAGUUGGUCUGCUGAGCAAUUCAUCCCUCAGGUCUUGCUCAUGGCAGUGGUUCCUGCCCAUCUCUGUCCUACCUCAUCGAGAUAGAUGGUAGUUGAUGGAGAGAAGUGAAAUGUCCACGUGCUGUCUGUAGUCCUAAAAGCACAAAUCAGAAACUGGAAGGGCUGGUGCCUUAUGUUCCUGGCUCUUCUGUUAACCAUGUCACAGAUGAAGGCUUCAUCUCUGUCCUGAAGAGAGCCAUCACAGCUCUCCAUAUGCAUUUUCAGGACCGCUGCUCUGUAGCUGAUCCCCCAAAUCUUCUGGGUGCAUUUUGGGAUGCCCAUACUUGCCUUGGAGAGCAGGGGAUCUCGGGACCGGGGCAAUUUCUGAUCUGGGAAUGCUGGAGGUGAAGGCACUACAGAGGCACGAUGUUUGAAGGGAAAUCACAGGUCAACUGGGAAGAACCGUGUGGAAUCAAACUAAUGGACUGAAAGGUCUUUUCAGGAAAAGCUUUUAUCUACCAUUGUUCACUUUCCGCCUGAGGCUGUAUGAAAUGAGCACUGAUGGGCAACUGCAUGGAGCGGGGGCUCUACAAACAAGAGACAGGAGCCUGGAAGGACUGCUGGCUUGCUGCGUGGGCUCUUUAUGAAAACUCCUAAUGACUUUGGUGCACGCAAGAAUCUUACCUGGUGGAGUAAAGGUCACGGGCACUUCUCUUUCUUCUCUUUUCUUAGCAUCUUUUUCACAGCAGAAUAAUCUCUUAAUUGAAUAACUGAAUACUAUAGAAAAGGGCUGUGGAUUGGUUCAAAGCCAGAAACGCAGGUGUAGAGUCAAACUGAUUUCAACACUUAGUUUAACUUGCUCUGGGGAGCUUUGGUUUGGUCUGACUAGUUCUACAAACAGAAACCAAGAAGGAAGGUGUGUGGGGCAGAUUUUGCUCUAACGGACCCCUUCCUAAGUUGACUGGGUUCUGGUGAAGCCAAGCUGUGGAAAGCGUGGCUUGAGGAACUGCUUUUAUACGUUAGUCCAGUCUGUAUGUUAACGAAUCGCCAUGAAGGGGAUUAUUCAGGUGAGUUUAGAAUGCAGUGCACCGACAUCAGGAGGGCUCUUUUCUGCAGGCAUUCCUUUCUACUGGUGGGAACCAGCAUUCUCAUGGUUUGCAAAGCCAAAGGGUGGGAUUGUGAUCAUGCGGUGUCCAAGCAUCUCUGUUGACCUGGGAAGGCUUCAGGAUCGUCUGGGUCUCUGGGCACAGCCUGCUGGAGGCACUGGAAGUGGACUGGUUCCUGGUCAUGCCCGGUGGAAGGAGGGGACCCAGCCGGCAGCAGCUAAGCCGUUCAGCUUUGCCUUCUCUCCAGACUCUGGUUGGUGGGAGCUGUGGAAACGGUACUGGUUUGAGAAACAGGAAUGGUAGUGCCAUCAGCCUCUCUGCGCCUCCCAUCACAGCGCUGAUUACUCCAGAGCCUGUACGUCACUGCCGGAUCCCUGACCUGCCAUUAGACGGGAGCCUUCUCUUCGAAUUCCUGUUCUUCAUCUACCUACUGGUAGCCCUCUUCAUUCAGUACAUCAACAUCUACAAGACUGUCUGGUGGUACCCAUACAAUCACCCUGCUUCCUGUACCUCACUGAAUUUCCACCUUAUUGACUACCACCUGGCGGCGUUCAUCACAGUGAUGCUGGCGCGGAGGCUGGUGUGGGCCCUCAUCUCUGAGGCCUCUCAGGUGGGCGCAACAUCAGUGAUUCACUACAUGGUGCGCCUGGUGCUACUCACCCUCUGUGGCUGGGUGCUCUGCUGGACUCUAGUCAACCUCUUCCGCAGCCAUUCCGUUCUCAAUCUUCUCUUCUUGGGCUACCCGUUUGGUGUUUAUGUUCCUCUGUGCUGCUUCCACCAGGACAGCAGAGCACAGCCCCUGCCUGCGGACUGUGGUUACUUGGUACAGGAUCAGAUGGUGGAAGAUGGGGCUUCAGCUGUCAGCAGCCUGGUCAAACCCAAAGAUUUCCUCUCGCUCCUGUGGGAAUCCUUGAGAGAACAGUUCAAUAAUCCUACAUCUAUCCCUACCCACAGCUGCCCCCUCUCCCCAGAUCUCAUCCGCAAUGAAGUGGAGUGCCUAAAAGCAGACUUCAACCGCAGGAUCAAGGAAGUUCUCUUCAACUCUCUCUUCAGUGCCUACUACGUGGCCUUCCUGCCACUGUGUUUUGUCAAGAGCACGCAGUACUACGACAUGCGCUGGUCUUGUGAGCACCUCAUCAUGGUGUGGAUCAAUGCCUUUGUCAUGCUCACCACUCAGCUGCUGCCUCCCAAGUACUGUGACCUGCUCCACAGAUCGGCUGCCCACCUUGGCAAGUGGCAGAAACUAGAACAUGGCUCCUACAGCAAUGCUCCACAGCAUAUCUGGUCAGAAAACACAAUAUGGCCACAAGGAGUACUGGUGCGGCGGAGCCGAUGCCUGUAUAAAGCAGUUGGGCCUUAUAAUGUAGCAGUGCCUUCCGACGUGUCCCAUGCCCGCUUUUAUUUCCUUUUCCACCGUCCGUUACGGCUGCUCAACCUGCUGAUUCUCAUCGAAGGCAGCGUGGUCUGCUACCAGCUCUAUUCACUGCUGCGUUCAGAGAAGUGGAACCAUACCCUCUCCAUGGCCCUCAUCCUUUUCUGCAAUUACUACGUCUUAUUUAAGCUCCUCCGGGACCGGAUAGUAUUAGGCAGGGCGUAUUCCUAUCCACUUAACAACUAUGGACUCAAGGCACACUAGGCCUGCCAAACGUGUACCCCUUCCUUUCCCCUUCCCAGGGGGCAGGGAGGGAACCUCAGAAAAAAAUAUUUUCGUACAGUUCUAUUUUUUUUCUUGCGGCGUUUAUAAAUAUUUAAAAUAUUUUAUAUUUUGUAUACUGUUGUUUUUGUGGGGUGGGAAGGGAACCGGUGGCAAUUAAAUGUCGCUUUAUAAACAAGGUGUUAUUUUAUAUAUAUAUAUAUAUAUACAAAAAAAAAAACAGCUCAGUGUGUAUAUACCGUAUAUCUAUACCCAUACAUAUAUCUAUGUGAAGCAA